AUGGCAGGAGCCAACAGUCUCGGCGAGGUUGCCCAGAACCUGGCGACGCUCAAUAACACGAUCCAGCAGGAGCUGGCCGACCUGACCAUCGGGGCCAUCCCCGGGUACACGGACAUCAACGCCGGAUGGACACUGCAGAGUGGCUACCUGGUCUUCUUCAUGCAAGCCGGUUUCGCCAUGCUCUGUGCGGGCGCGGUGCGUGCCAAGAACGCCAAGAACAUCAUCCUGCUAAACCUGCUGGACGCCUGCCUGGGCUCCAUGUGUUGGUACAUCACCGGCUUCGCCUUUGCCUUUGGCGACCCCACCGCCGCCGAUGACGGCACCUACGCCUGGUACUCGCCCUUCAUCGGCCACCGCUUCUUCGCCAUGAACCAGCUGCCCCGCACCUCGUACGUCACCUGGUUCUUCCAGUUCACCUUUGCCGCCACGGGGGCCACCAUCGUGUCGGGCGCGGUGGCCGAGCGCUGCCGCUUCGAGAGCUACCUCCUGUACGAGAUGAUGCUCGUCUCCCUGGUCUACCCCGUGGUCGCCCACUGGGUGUGGUCUCCCUUUGGCUGGCUGUCAGCCGGACGCAACACCGCCACCGUCUCCGGAAGCUACCUCCUGUUCUCCGGCUCCGGCGUCUACGACUUUGCCGGCGACGGCCCCGUGCACAUGGUGGGCGGCUUCGCCAGCCUGGCGGGGGCCUGGAUCCUGGGCCCGCGCCUCGGCCGCUUCGACGCCGCGGGCAACCCCAUCGACAUGCCCGGGCACAACGCCUCGCUCAACCUGCUGGGCGUCUUCACCUGGGCUGCCAUCAUCAUCGGCCUCUUCGCCGGCGGCGUCUACAUCAUCGCCUCACGCGUCAACCUGAAUCUGCUCAAGAUCGACGACCCGCUGGAUGCCAUCGCGGUGCACGCGGGGUGUGCGGUGUGGGGCAUGAUCGCGGGCGCCGCCUUUGCCGACCUAGGCAUGGUGGAGGACUACUACGGGGCCUCACCCUACGGCGAGGACACGACGCGCGAGUACGGCUUCAUCAUGGGCGGUGGCGGCAAGCUGCUGGGCGCGCACCUGGUCUACAUCAUCUGCAUCGCCGCAUGGGUGCUGGGCAUCAUGGGGCCCUACUUCUUCAUCCUCAAGCGCCUGGGCAUCUUCAGGGUGUCCCCGGAGGUCGAGACCGCCGGACUGGACGCCUCCUACCACGGCGGGCAUGCCUACCCGCAUGAGGUGACGGGCAAGGGCCAGGCCUACAAGAACGAGGCCUUUGACAAGGAGGAGAACGGCCUCACAGCUGCCAAGGUGCAGAUGCAGAUUGACAUGGCACUGGGCAAGCUCAAGGAGGAGCUGACCCACCCCUCGGACAAGUCUGAGUAG